AUGCAGUUGUUUCUUCCUCCAAGCCACCGUCCCCUGGGAGCCCGUCGCCCAGGCGUGUUUUUCCUCGGCGGCUCGCCUGCCCAGCUCGGCACUGCCGAAGCCAGCAGUUCGGCCUCUGCCUGUUCCCCCCCGUGGUGGCUGCCAGCGCCGUCGGGCGCCACCGGGGCUCAAGGCGGCGAGGCCUCGUGCCGCUGCCGACCGGGGGGCCCCCGCCGCGGCGGCCUCCGCGAGGGCGGGCGCCGCGAGGGGCGGAGAACAAGGGCGUGCCCGCUCGUGCAGCUCGUCCUGGUUGUUGCAGUAGUGGUGGGAAUGGCA